ACUUCGAAGUCGUCACUCGUCACUCGUCACAGUCGAGCCGGAGUACGUACGAGACGCGCAUGUGUGAUCGUAACGUUAGCCGCUUUCGACAUAUAUUUGUAUUAAUAAAAGUUCAUAAUAAAAAAAUAUAUAAAAAUAAUUGCUGUUAUGUCUAAAAAAUAUAAUACGAAGUGACUAAAGUAUUGUGUGUGAACUGAAAGUAUUUCAUUGCGAUUAGCAAAAUAUACGCAGUGUAUAUUUAUGACUAAUGUCAAAUGACAUUCGCAAUGAUCGUUACAGUUCGAAGAUACUCCGACACGAAACGACAGUGCUAAUGAGUCUCUUAUUCACACGGUGUAAGAUUUAAUUGAAAUCCUUCAAGAUGUACAGACUUCAUGAAACUCCGUCCAUUGUCCCUGAACUGACCACAGAGUUUUUCGACGAUAGCACAUUUAGCGCGGACUUCUUAUACAAUGGCACGGCUUCUUCGGAAAUUGGAUAUUUAAUGCAUAAUGUGACGAACUCAACCGUCAGCAGUUCCAUGAGGCCCGGAGGGAAGAUGUUUGGGUUGAUCGUGAAGGUGGUGUACGCCAUCGGAAUCCUUGGUAACGCUGCGGCCAUUGUUGCAUUGAGACGAGGGGAGCGACGCGUAAGGAAUCGCAAACAUUUGCUGCUUCUUACGUCUCUGGCUGCUAAUGAUUUGGUUGCUCUGAUGGGUAUGAUGGGCGCGAUGCUGGUGUCGGAGCAGUGGCCGUGGGCGCGGGAGACGCGCGUGUACUGCGCAGCGCGCGUCGUGCUGCGCGUGUUCGGCGUGGGCAGCGUGUGCAUCGCCGUCACCAUGGCGCUCGAGAGAUACCUCGCGCUCACCAGACCGUUUCUGUAUCAGAAGCAAGUGACGUACUACGUGAUCCGCAUGGCGCUUCUCGUGUCAUGGUUCUGGGCGGCGGCGCUCACCUGCGCGCCGGUGCUCGGCGUCGGGUUUUACUACGAUGAAAAGAAUAAGUGUUGUACGAGGUACCGAAACGCUACCUCUGGACUCAACUUUGGAUACGCCGUCUUCUAUGUAAUGUUUGGCACUCUUCUCUGCGCUGUAUUAGUGUAUUGCAACCUCGCUGUGAUUAGAGCACUGUAUGCUAUCACGGCUCCGAGGGGUGGAGGUCCCCCAGUUGUGCGCAGGGUUUCCAAAAGCAGCUGUCGGCAACGCAAUAACACAGCGCAUGCGCAUCACAACGCAGCCACCGCCGAGGAGGUCGCCUUCAGCAGACUGAUGGCCACGCUCUCCGUGCUGUUCAUGAUUUGCUGGCUACCGCAAAUGGUAACAUCAGCGCUGUACUUGGGUCUGGGACAGUCCGCUUGGUCACGUCUCGGCACGCUGGCAGCUCUGUCCGACGUGCUGAUGCUACUCAACUACGUACUGGAUCCUAUUCUCUAUGUUUUGAUGCGACAGCGCCGACAUCUAUCACCGACGGCGCUAUGCCAUUCCAUAGCACAUUGCUUUAAGCGGAAUCACAAAACAUCGACCGAGUCUAUGAAGACGUCGUGCUGCCCGCAGGAGACGCUCGUGGUGAGCGAGAGUUCGGGCGCAGAACUCCGGCCGCUGCGCGCGCCCUGCGCCGCGCUCGUCAACAUACACGAGUGACUUAACAUACAUCUUUGAAGAAAUAUUACUUUUGUCUAUAAACUUCAGAACAAGCUAUUUAAGAAUCUCUUCCAUCUUAUAAUAGUGUUGUUAUAUUUUAACUUUUUUAUACAGAAAACAAUAAUGCCUUUCGUCAAGUGAUUUAACUGUAAAUGUAUUUAAAUUCAUAUUAAAUAUCAUUGAACUAUUGUCAAAUAGUUAUUUGGGUUUAAGUAAAAUAACUAUGACAUCUUUUUCGAUACUACAAAAUACAAAAGAUCUUGUUGAUCAACUACAACUCAUACAACUCAAAUUAAAAAAAAAACUUAGAUAGUUAUUACUCAACAUACAUUAUGUUGCAAAUUCAAAUAAUUAUAUUUUGGCAAUAAGAAUCAAAGGCUUAAAUUCAUUGGUUAAAAUUUCACGACAUAGGUACGACGAUUUCUCAACUAUAUUUUAUCACGAUUUAUUGUGACAUUCGAUUAACAAGGUACAGAACAAUUAAAAGCUUUAACAGAUUGGUUUUUACGUGAAUAUAUUUUUUAUAAACUAUAUUAUUAUAAAUUUAGACUUAAAGUCAUUAUUUAGUCUUUAGACAUACUCAUCUAAUUCUAAAAUUUGGAAGUUACCCAAUAUCAACAAUACGAAAAUAAAAGUAUAAUUUGUGAAAACCCAUGACGUAAUUAAAAUUUAAUUUUACUUUUUUAAUCAUUUAAAAUCUAUAUUAAAUAACGGCUACAGAUAAUAUCUGUUAUUUAUCGAUAUUACAGAGUUUAUCUACAAGAGGAGUGCAUACCUACUGCCUAUCAAAAUACCUUAUCGACUACAUAUUUAACCAUGUCUGUCGUAAUUAUUGUUAUAUUUAUUUAACGUUUGCAUUUAAUUUCUUACAAGAAGUAUUUUCAUUUUGAUAUUAUGUGUACAAAAAAUUAGUAUUAGUUUACAUUUUAUUACAUUUGUAAAUAAUUAGAGUAACCGACCGAAUAAUAAAGUAAGAUCUAGUCUGAAAGCAUGUGUAAAAAAGUAACGAUUUUACUUACGUACUUAAAAUUAUAUCUAUUUCUACGGUACAAAUAUCUAAGACAUUUCUAUUAACGAAAAACAUAAGCAAAAGUACCUAUAUCGUACAACUGCCUACAUCAUAAAUAAAUAUCAUAGCGUAAUUAUGUAUUAAUGUCUAUUAACGGUUACAAAAAUAAAAUUCCACAAAAAGCUUAUUACCUUUCCAUUCCUAAAUAUAAGUUUAUGCACUUAUUAUACAUAAAUAUCUGUAAUAGAAUC